AUGUGGGGCGGCAUGUACAACUCCUCUUGGAUAUUGGAUCGCGAAGCUGGUCUUUACGGCAUUUACGCCACGCAAACCCUUCCCCCAGGCGACGCCAAGGUACGGGAAAUGACCAAGGCGUUUCACGAGGAGCUUUACUCCAAGGUUGAACAGUAA